AUGUCUGGGGAGAAGCGGCGCAGUAGUCUUGACAGUAAAGAUGAAUCAGAUGACAGUGAGGCAUGGAUAGGCCCUAUGCCGACUGAGGCGCUAAAACCAAAACCAAAAAAAAGAAGAGUAUUGGAAUUUGAAUCUCUAUACUUAGAAAACUUGCCAUCAUCAGAAACGUACGAGUUUAGCUAUAUGCACAGAGAUGUAGUUACCCAUAUCAUAGUCACUAAGACAGAUUUUGUGGUAACUGCUAGUCAAGAUGGUCACUUGAAAUUUUGGAAAAAACAGGAAGAAGGCAUAGAGUUUGUGAAGCACUUCCGCUGUCACCUGGCACCGAUCAGCCACGUUUCAGCCAACAACACCGGCACAUUGCUGUGCACUGCAUCAACAGAGAAAACUAUCAAAGUUUUUGAUGUUGUUAAUUUUGAUAUGAUCAACAUAAUAACUAUAGAGUUUGAACCAUAUUGUACCGAGUGGGUGCAUUCGGCUGGUGACCCUAUAUCUGCACUUGCUGUCUCAGAGAAAGGAAGCAACAAGAUUUACAUAUAUGACGGUACGCAAACUACAAGUACACCAUUGCACACAUUCAAGACCCUUCACCAAACCACGGUGACCACCAUCACAUACAACCCUGUCUACGAAACGGCCGUGUCUGUAGACAAAGCAGGGAUCAUCGAAUACUGGACAGGCCCCAAGUAUGAAUACACAUUCCCAAAAAAUGUGGAAUUUGAAUCGAAGUUGGACACAGACUUGUAUGAUUUCGUGAAGAAUAAGACUUAUCCAACGGCGCUUGCUUUUUCCCCCGAUGGAAAGAAAAUGGCAUCUAUCAGUUUGGAUAGAAAGGUGCGUGUGUUCCAUUUCCUGUCAGGCAAACUGCACAAAGUGCUGGACGAGAGCCUGCAGCGGUUCCAGGAGUUGCAGCACCAGACGCAGCAGUUACCCAACAUGGAGUUUGGCAGAAGAAUGGCAUCCGAACGUGACUUAGAGAAGUCAGAAGCUGUACAGCUAGCCAAUGUGUUAUUUGACGCUAGUGGACACUUCAUCGUGUACGCGACAAUGCUGGGCGUCAAGAUCGUCAACCUGGUCACCAACCGGUGCGUGGCUAUGAUCGGGAAACCGGAGAACUUGCGCCCAUUGCACCUUGCACUGUUUCAGGGUAGAACAAAUCAAUCGAAGGUGGCUACUACCCUCGAAAUGGAAGGCUCCGAGAACCCCACGCUGCUGAACGUCAAGACAGACCCAACACUGUUCUGCACUGCGUAUAAAAAGAAUCGGUUCUACAUGUUCUCCAGACGAAGCCCCGAUGACAUCAAGAGUCCGGACGCUGACAGGGACAUUUUCAAUGAGAAACCGAGCAAAGAGGAUAUUAUUUCCGCUACGGAGGGACAAGGCGUGCAGCGGCUGUACGAGCAGGCGGUGCUGCACACGUCACUGGGCGACGUGCACGUGCGCCUGUUCGGCAAGGACGUGCCGCGCACCGCUGAGAACUUCUGCGUGCACGCGCGCAACGGGUACUACAACGGGCACAUCUUCCACCGCGUCAUCAAGGGCUUCAUGGUGCAGACCGGGGACCCCACCGGAACGGGCACCGGCGGUGAGAGUAUAUGGGGCGGGGAGUUCGCGGACGAGUUCCGGCCGCAGCUGAAGCACGACCGGCCCUACACUGUGAGCAUGGCCAACGCGGGGCCCAACUCCAACGGCAGCCAGUUCUUCAUCACGCUCGCGCCCACGCCGUGGCUGGACAACAAGCACACGGUGUUCGGGCGCGUGGUGCGUGGCAUGGAGGUGGUGCAGAACAUCGGCAGCGUCAAGACCAACCCCAAAACUGACAAGCCCUACGAAGACGUUCGAAUCAUAUCUGUCACUGUCAAAUAA